AUGCGAGUUGAUUCUCGAACAGUUUAUGCGGCCCCUCCCAGAGAUGAUACACCAUUGCAGGACGGAACACCAUUGAGCUCGACGAAGUUGUACAUACGUGGCCUCAGUCCGAGUGCAACCGAAGGAGAUCUCAGAAAAAUGUGUGCUCACUAUGGAACAAUCACUUCUAUAAAGCCCAUAAUGGUCAAGGGUCUGAAUCAGUGUAAAGGUUACGGUUUUGUGGACUUUGAAAGUCAGGAAGCAGCUUUGCGAGCAGUGGAAAUGCUCACCAGGAGUGGGAUUGAAGCUCAGAUGGCCAAACAACAAGAUCAGGAUCCUACGAACCUCUACAUUGCUAAUCUGCUGUCGAAUUUCAACGAUCAAAUGUUGGAGAGUGCACUGUGCCCUAUGGGAUGGUAA